AUGUUCUUUCUAUCGAGCUGUCGAGUCGCCUGCUUUCUGGUCCUGGCAGCGGUGUUCACUUCUGUCCUUGCCAAUGUUGAGAAGACAAUCUUUACGGCACCCGCACUACUACCCAUUCCUCAACAGAAGCCCUCACUAGCAGACCUCAGACUGCCUGUUCUUACACCAGACGCCUCAGAAAUCAGAACAAAUCUCAGUCGUGUGUUUCCAGCUAAAACAAAGGACUAUGCCUCCGGUGCAGCGACGUGGGUGCUCCUGGAUAACCUAAACCCAGACCAGCGAUAUGAGUUCCGAGUCUGCUGGGCAGCUAUUCAACCUACAGGGUUUGUCCUAGAUGUAUUUGAGCUGGAUACCGUAUGGGAAACUCCAGAGCUGAUCCAGUCAUUGGCGGGCUAUGCCUUCUCGCGCCAAGGUGAUGGGACUGAGCUGAACGAGGAGUCGCCUCAGCCAGGGGAGAAGGAGCGCAAAGCCUCGCUUCUUCUCCUACAGAUUAAAGCAUCUGCUGACUACUUCACCGACGACAAGUCUCUCAUGGAGAACCCUCCGCCUGUGCUUGUGGAUCUCAUUCUCGACCCUUAUCUGCUCAACGUCAUCCCUCGCUCUUUGGUUCCAACCGCUGGCUAUAUUGUGGUUGUCGCUGUAGCGUCCUGGUUCGUGUCCAGAUCCAUAGCUUCCAAGCUGAAAGCAGUCGCCAUCACAGCUGAUGACGCAGAUAAGAAAGAAAACUAG